AUGGUAAAGCAAAACUAUACUGCGCUGAAAAUGGUGCAACUCGCCGAGUCGUUUUUCACGUCAAUUGGUCUGGAAGCAUUUCCCAAGUCAUUCUACAACAAGUCUUUGUUUACCAAGCCUGAGGACGGUAGGGCGGUGGUUUGUCACGCAUCAGCUUGGGAUUUCCUCAUAAACAAGGACGUCAGGUAAGAUUAGUGCUUGGUUUAUUUCCCGGGGGAAUCCCAUAUCACAGUGAUGGGGUGAUUAUCGUCUCGCUUAGGGGUAUAUAGUACAUUGCAGAUUUUAGCCUCACUUAUGGUGUUCUGGAUUAAAAGCCUUUGCGUAAGGAAGUAUCCAUAUAAAAAGAGAAAACGCCGUCAUACAGUCAACUCUCGCUAAGACGGACAGCUUUAGGACCGGCAUUAAGAGUUCGUCUAAGAAUAAUGUGCGUCUAAUAGAGUCAAAUAAAGGGGCGAGUAAAGAAAGGCACGAACCAACUCUAGGGGCGCGAUCCAUUCAACCAAAAUUCCAACCGGGCCGACCGGGAAAAGAGGACCACCUCAAAAGGUGGACCCGUUUUUACGAAACUUUUCCGGUUGGACCGAACCGAUCCAUUGAGUUUUGGACCGAAAUUUCCGGAAAGUUUGGUUGAAUAGAUCGCGCCCUGGGUGUCCGUUUUACCGAGGUGUCCGUCUUUUAAGUCAAAUCCCGUUAACCCUUUAAGCCCUGAGAGUGAUCAGCAUCAAAUUGCUCCUUUUAAUGUCAAUGCUUUGCAAAACAGAGCCGGUCAUGAGAAUUACGGACAUGAUCAUACAAGAUGAAUUUGCUUGAUAUUUUGUCAAUUUCUCCUCACUACUUCUGUAGGAAAUGAAUAGGGGCAACAAAUGGGAAUUCAAAUUUUGAUCUUAGGGUAUAAAGGGUUAAUAUGAACAAUGAGAGGACAAUAGAGAGUGCCCGUAACAAUGAGGUGUCCGCGAAACGGAGUUUGACUGUAUGAUCUGUAAAGGUGUCAGUUAGGAGAGAGUCGACUGUACUUUGUCGGAUAGGGGUCAAAUUAAGCCUGAGUCACACCCAGAUUGGCGUUCUUUAGGUGUUAACUAAAUUCUAAUUUCCCGACAAAUAGCUCAGUCAGUCACUUUAAUAUUGAGUCCACACCCCCGGGGAUUCAUCACACUGCCUGUUUAAAUUUUUAGGUUUACAUUUGAGCUAAUUAGAAACUCCAAAAUUUUUCUUUAAAUAAACGGAAAGAUCCAAUCACUGAGGUUUUCUAAUUAUAAAACGGUCAUCGAUAUACGGUUUACGAUGGACAACGGUGUUGUUUUCCGCGAGGUGACAUAGUCGGUCAUAUGCCCUGGCCAAAAAGGACAAUUUUUUGCAGACUUGUUGGGUUAAAAAUGAGUGAAAAACUGCAUACAUUGAUCAACGAUUUGCAACUACUUAAAAGUUUAAUGAGGUUUAGAGCGAUUACGGCUACGACACGGUCUUUUCAGAAUCAAGCAAUGCACCACUAUCGAUCAUAGCUACUUGAUAGUCACUCACCACGAGUUGGGCCACGUUCAGUAUUUCCUACAGUACUGGGACUUACCAUUCGAGUACCGCGGUGGCGCCAACCCAGGAUUCCAUGAAGCCGUAGGGGAUACCCUGUCACUUUCAGUCGACACUCCACAGCACUUGACAAAAAUUGGUUUGUUAGAGGAGUACAGCGAUGAUAAAGGUAUAGAAUACACUAGACUAUGAGUACUCCCCAUUUUUCCUCAGGGAUAGUAGAGCGAGCGAAACGCGAACGCGCGUGAAAAUCACCUCACGCGAGAAAGGCGAGACCGCCGCGUCUCGCCUUUCUUGCGUGGGGCGAUUUUCACCGGCGCUCGCGUUUCGCUCGCUCUACUAUCCCUGAGGAAAAAUGGGGACUACUCGUCUCACCGCCGCGUCUCGCCUUUCUCGCGUGGGGUGAUUUUCAUGCGCGUUCGUGUUUCGCUCGCUCUACUAUCCCUGAGGAAAAAUGGGGACUACUCGUAGUCUAAGGGCGCUUUCCAUUUGCCAGAACUGACCGGCCAGACCAUUCCCGUCGUAAUGAGAAUUUCACUUCUAAUCAAAACUAUCCAACCAGAUCAGUCAAAUCCUAAAUAGUAUGCACGAAGGAGAUGGUUUUUCAGCAAAACCCUUUGGAAAAAGCCCAUUUCAUUUGCUAAUUUACUUGUCCGGCCGGCCAGUUCUGAAAAAUGGAAAGCGCCCUAUGAAUACACUGCAUUUAAUUCAUUAUCACGCACCUUGUAAGGGAAUCCGGAUUCCAGAAUCGGGGAAAUUCUUGCUUGUGGAUUCCGGAAUCAGGGAACAUUUUGGUUGCAGAAUCCGAAAUCCUGGGGUUUGGAAUCCAAAAACAUCCCACUAACGAUUGGAAUCCAGAAUCCAAGUUCCGUUGGAAGUUGAAAUCCAGUACCUUGAACCCAGAAUCCACAGUGUGAAAGUCAGAAUCCAAGACUGUCUUGGAUUUCCUUACAAGGGGCGAAUUAUCCCCCAAAUCAAUCUCUUGCUUUCUCUCUCUCUGAGCCGGUAAAAUGCUAACCAUUUACAUGUAAUACAGGCGAAGACACUGAGAAAUAUUACACAAAGACCUAGCAAACUGUGAUCACACGAGAUCGCGACCACCAGGAGCCCAUAACCUUCUCCUGUGACUACUUAAAAGAAGUGACAGUUUAAUACUGGUUUUGACUCUAUGUCUCUAGAAUCCGAUAUAAACGCCUUAAUGAAGAUGGCACUGAUGAAGGUGGCGUUCCUGCCGUACGGUUUCCUGAUCGACCAGUGGCGUUGGAAGGUUUUUAGUGGAGCUAUUACUGAAGAAAACUACAACACCGAGUGGUGGAAGCUGAGGACUAAGUACCAGGGAGUCAAGCCUCCAGUGGAUCGCUCAGAAGAUGAUUUUGAUCCCGGAUGCAAGUAUCACAUUCCAGCAAACUAUCCCUACAUCAGGUACGUAAUCUAUACCUUUCACAGACCUCUGCCACGAUGUUUUACGUUCGGUCUUUCACUUUGCAACCUCAAAAAGUGGCAAAUGUUUCCAUCUCCAAGUCUCAGAGACGUUCCUGAUGAGUCCCUGAAUUUAUCCUUUUUGUGUGUUUCCCUCCUUGAUUUUUGCCUUUUAAUCCACAUAGACUUCGAAUUUUUAAACAACGGUCUUGGCCACUCAAGUGUUGACCAGCUCAGUAGGCACGUGAAAAGCGUCGCCAUUCUUAUCUAUGCCGUGAAUUUCGUCUCAUGCGCUUGGUGCGAAGGCUAAACGUGUCUCGGAUUUUACCAUUCGUAAUCCCUGAAUUAAUUGAAGAAAACUUCAAAAAUAGUAAUCGGGCAAAAUGGAAAACAAGUGGAUGCGUGAUAACGGAGCAGUUACCACGGUCCCAGUUUAAAGAUCGAACUUUGGAUUUAUAGGUGAGACUUCCUUGCCGUCUCAUUGUCCCCUUAGACAAGAAACUUAGCUCCACUAUGUCUCGCGUACCCUGGAAACGAGGUUGACGCUAUUUCCAACGGCGGGAUAAUAGGUUUAGCCAGGUGAAUAAAUGGGCAACGGGGACAUAAUACUGGGAAUUGCGGAAUAAUUAACCGUACCAUAGACAGUGCCAUCUAAUUCUUGGGGAUUAGCAAUACUCCAAGGUGCUUUAUUCUAAGGUUAAGCCCCGGCCUUGGGGACCACACCAUCGAGAAAUUUUAACGAGGUCUCCCAGGAAUAUGAAUUUUAGCAUCGAAAAUGUUGAAUGGAAGCGAAAUGCUGAUUAGUGGAGAUUUAAUUUGGCAAUGACAUUGCAUCAAUCAUCUGGCCUGUCACGAAGGAGAUCGAGACACCAGGCCUUGCAGCUUCUUUUAAAACGAAAGGUAAACAUAAACGACUCAUGUCUUUUAUCUUUCAGAUAUUUCAUGAGCUUCAUUCUACAGUUCCAGUUCCACAAGGCCGCUUGCAAAGAGGCAGGUCACAAAGGACCCCUUCAUACCUGUUCCAUCUACAAAUCCACGAAAGCAGGAAAAAAGAUUGGGUAAUGUUGUCAAUAAGUUCACGGGGCUCGUACAGAUUUUUGGAUAAAAAAUUUCAACAAUUUUUCCAGGCUUUUCUCGAGUCAAUUAUUUCUUUUUCCAGACUCAAGGCUAGUAAAUAAGUGAUCAAUCGAGGAAAAUGAUGGCCGAGAAGAUUAACACCCUCAAAUAAUGUUUUUAAAAUAUUGAUUGGUACGCUACUAUCAAUGGUCUACUCAUGCGCAAUAACAAAAAAAAGUUGCUUGUGUCAGGCAACACUUUGCACAUGCGCAUUGAGAUCCCUAUUUUCAAGGACAGGAUGACUGCUCCAUUUCUCCGAAAUAAUGAACUAGAUAAGUACUCCGCGAUUAAAUGAUAAAGCAAUAAUAGAACUCGAAACGCAAAAUAUGGUGCAUUCUCAAAAGCUAGUACACUUCUAAAAAAACGACAAAUAAGCACGUGAGGCUUCAGAGAUCUGGGCUGUGACGCGUCAUCAGUAUUGAAUUUCUGUGCUCGUUUCUCAGACAUCAUGCCACGGGGACACCUGUGGUGGCGUCACGAAACGUCGGCUGUUUUCUCAGGCUUCGCGAGGCAAGACACAAAAGCUGACCGAGCGGUUUUGACACUUUCAGAAUGAUUAAUUGUAACUAGACAGUUUGCGCCAAACAAAGUGAAAUUUUUUUAAAAAAGAAGGACCAAUAGGCAGGGAGACAAGAUGAAUUGAAAAAAUCGUGAAAUGAAUCAUAUUUUGAACUGCGGAUAUAGAUAUGAAAGUGAACAUGAUCCUCGCAGUUGAAUGAACAAUCUAAACGGUUGAAAAAGAGCCUGAAAAAAAAAAAAACUUGAGACCUGACCGGGAAUCGCAACCUGAUCGACGCAACGCUCAAUCCAUUGAGCUAAUCAAUCCAACUGGAGAGCAGGCCAUUGUGAGUUCGUAAAUUACCCGAUGGUGGAAAUUGCACGAAUGGAAAUACAGUCGAACCCCUCCACAACGGCCACCUUAGGGGGAGAAGAAAGUGGCCGUUGUAGAGAGGUGGCUGUUAUGGGGAGGUAGGGGGGUAACAGGACAAUUUUUGGAGUAUAACAUUCUUACUGUGCUAAGUUCAUGUCUACUGUAUCCCAUAAUGGUAAUCCAAUCAUUAUUUAUAAUAGAGAUAAAAUUUACAAAAAUUUAAAUGUACAUAAUUUUUUUGAGGUUCGGAACAUUAUAACUAUAAGCAUUGUAGACAAUUCAUGAUUACUGCAGCCGUAUAAAUGGAACACAAUCAAAAUACGAUUGCCGCAAUUAAUCAUCAAUGUGUCAUACGGAUCAAAUUUCAUGACCAUUCUUGACUUUUUCAUGAACUGCGAAAAAAAAAAACUGGCCGUUGUCGAGGUUAUUUUGGCAGUUGGGGACAAGCUUUAAUGACCGUUGCCGUUGUAGAGAGGUUUAAACGAGAGAGGAGAUGUAAGGGCUGUCUGUCCGGACAGAAAAAGCGGCCGUUGUAGAGAGGUGGCCGUUAGCGGAGGUUAGACUGUACACGAAAUGAAUUUUAAUUUGAACUGCAAGAUUUUAAUUUGAGUUAGCUGGUCAAAUUCACGACUUAUCUGGGCGUAUGGGCGGCUAGUUGACUGUGUCUUAAGGGUGAAUUGGUUGAUGUACUCUUUCGCAUAUCCGUUUACUUUCGAUCUCUUUUAACAGUGAUAUGUUGAAGAUGGGAAGAAGCAAACCUUGGCCACAAGCCCUCGAGAAACUUACCGGAAGUCAGGACGUUGAUGUUGGGGCGCUUACUGAAUAUUUCCAGCCGCUACGUGAUUGGUUGGUAAAGCAACGAAAGAAAAUCGGCUACGCAGCCCCAGGAUGGGACGAAGACGAGUAG